AGCUGUUUAAUUAUCUUUUCUUUAUUUUAUUUAUUGCAUUGUUAUUGUGUUUGCAGUGAUUUUAGUUAAUUUUUUACGUUGUAGCUUUCAUAACUAAAAUGCAGGCAGACCUAAGCUUCACUCAAAGAUUAUAAAACCGAUCUCAAACGUUGUAAAUAACCACGAAAAACAGCUGCUUUGUGCAUGAGCCAAGCGUCCCAAGGUGGAACCGCGCCUCUGUGAGGGUCUAGAAUAUAGAAAUCAAAUGCCUGGAACUAGUGACACACAGCGGCUGGUGCCCGCCGAGGAGGAUGACCAGAUCCUGGCCUCCGAGGGCAGCUUUGUGCCCGCCUUCAGGCCGCAGGAUAACCAGGAGUACAACCUGGCGGAUGAGCGAUGCCUGCUAGAGCGACCCGAGGAUGAGGUGGUGCUAGUGUCCAACGAACCCACCCGCGGCAGGCUCUUUACCUACAUUGUGUUCUACCUGCUGGGCAUAGGCACCAUGACGCCCUGGAAUUUCUUUGUGACGGCAGAAGAUUACUGGAAAUACAAGUUCCGCAAUACCUCGAUCAAUGGCACGGAUCCAGACGAGGAGCUCACCCCUUUGCAAAGGAGUUUCACCUGCGAUUUGGCUCUCACGGCCACCAUUUCCGGCACAACCUUUCUCCUGCUCAAUGCCAUCUACGGACAUCAUGUGUCGCUGCGCCAAAAAAUGGUGGGCACUUUGUGGAUGAUUCUGAUCCUAUUUGGAGUCACCACAGGCUUUGUGGAGGUCAACACAGACAAAUGGCAAGAGCAGUUCUUUCUAAUCACACUCAUCAUAGUGGUGCUGCUCAACAUUUCUGCUGCUACCAUGUCGGGCGCUCUGUAUGGCGUGGCUGGCCUCUUUCCCUCCGAGUUCAUGACGGCCGUGGUCAGUGGCCAGGCUCUAGGCGGCAUACUCACAGCUUUGGCUUUUAUAUUGGUUUUGGCCUUUGACACGGGCCCCAAUACCACGGCCUUAAUCUUCUUUAUCGUGGGCGGAGGACUCAUCCUGCUGUGCCUGGUCUGCUAUGAGAUCCUAGCCCAUCAGCCGUUCUUCAAGUAUUACCUGGAGGGUGGCGACAAGUACAAAGUAAUCCGGGCAGUGCCCUCGCACGGUCGCAACGAUGAGGGUGAAGGAGGAGAAGUGGUGCUGGAACCUAUUAUUGGACAGGUAAUGUCCAAGAUCUAUGUGCAUGUGAUAUGCCUGGCGCUGCUGUACGCCACCACGCUGUCGGUGUACCCAGCGGUGACAGUGCUGAUGCAGUCGGAGUAUGGGCACAGCGAGUGGACAGAUGUGUACUACCUACCCGUGGUCAACUAUCUGUUCUUCAACUGCGGCGACUACUUUGGCCGCCUGUUUGCCGGCUGGCUGGAGCGACCCGUCAACAAGAACACCUCGCUGCUCUUCACCAUAGUGCGCAUGGUUUUCAUACCGUUCUUCCUGUGCUCCAACUCCAGCGAGCAUCGAUUCCUGCCCGUUCUGGUGAAGCACGACUACUCCUUCAUAGCCAUGAUCAUCGUGUUUGCCCUGUCCAAUGGCUAUCUCACAAACAUUCUGCUCAUAAUGGCCCCCAAGAGCGUCAAGCAGCACGAGAGGCAGCUGGCCUCCUCCAUUAUGGCUGCCGCCCUCAGCUGCGGCAUGGCUGUGGGUUCGCUGCUCAGCCUGGUCUUUGUUCAGAUGCUGUGACGAGUCUUCCGCCGAUGUGGUGCCUUAGAAAACGGUAGAAUCUUUUUUAAGCUUUACUAAUUUUAUGUUACCUGAUCUUGUUUCCAUAUCGUUAGGUUUAAGCCCCUCAUUUUCAAUUUUUAUAUGUGUUUUAGGUCCCAAUUUGCCAUUAAUCCCGAGAUUUUAUAUCCUUUUUUUAUCACUCGUAAUUAGAUUUAAGCCUGAAAGUUAAUCCGUUAAGGCUAAGCAGCUUUUAGAAGCAAUAUGUGAAAGGCUGUACGAUAUUUCUUUGGUUUAACGUUUAUUUUUUAGAUUUUUUUUCUGCGGAUCACAACAACAAUGUGGAUUAUUCUUAUUUUUUGUUUUUUUCGACAUUAUUUUUGGAAUUAACUAAUGAACGCCAUUGUAAACAUCGACUGUUUGACUGCAAUUGAUUUUAAAAUGUACAUAUUUGUAAUUAACCUUUAUUUGUUUAUCGCCCUGCAGUGAGAAUCGCAAACUAAAAAAAUUAAAGCAUA